CAUCCAUAAUUGACAGCUUUCGGUUCGCUUAGCUUAUGUUGACUUUCAUACAAAUUGUGAGAAAAUGUGAUGUAAAAAAAUAAGAUCUCUAAUUAGAAACUAUAUUAAAAAUAUUUUAAUAAUCCAUUUAUUUCUUUCUGAGGCAUUAUCCAUCACCAACUAAAUAAUUAUGGAUACGCUGGAUGUCAUUCAUCUAAUUUCUUCGAAAAAUAACGUUUUUAUAUGGAAUGCAAAUGACUGGUUGAGACUUCGACAGGAUCAUAGAAUAAUUGGCGAAUUAGUAGGUUCCUUUCCAAAAUCAACUAGACAGGAUGCAUUUUCAGGUCUACCCUUACUUCUGUUACCAGAAGAAGUAACCCUUUUGCUUGAGAAAAAAAUUGCUUGUCUCGUACACUGUUCAAAUCUAAAAAAACCACCAACUGAAUCAUUGAGUGAAAAAUUUCAAGAAUAUAGAAACACACUGUUUAUACAGCAAGCAGAAUGUUUGAGAGAGAACAGAAGGAAACAGAUUACUUCUGUGAUGGAUAAAAUUGUCGAAGGAAAAAAGCGUAAAAUAUUGGGGUUGCAUACAAACAAAAAAAAUAUGAAAAAGCCAUUAGAUAAAAAAACACAGGAAGCAUUAGAUGGUAUUGAAAUUAAUACUCAAAAUUUGCUUGAGGAAGAAUUGGCUAAAUUACCUAAAUUAAGUAAAACUGAAGCUCUUGUUCAAAUACAUACAGCAUAUCCAUGGUUUAAUAAAAAUGAUAUGAAAGUAGUGGAGUGGAAAUAUCCACUUACUCGUAGUCAACAAUAUAAAUAUAAAGUGUAUAAAGAUCUUUGGGAAAAAGAAUAUUAUAUUACUAGUGGAGAAAAAUUUGGUGGUGACUUCUUAGUAUAUCCAGGUGAUCCAAUAAUGUUUCAUUCACAAUUUAUAAUACAGUGUAGAUGCAAGGAUGAAGAAAUGCCUAUUACAGAACUUGUGGCCCAAUGUAGAAUCAGUUGUCACGUCAGAAAAACAUUGGUGUUUGCUACAUACUAUGAAGAAGAGGAUAAAGUAAAAUAUCAAUCAUUUCAGUGGGCGGAAAGUAAUAUAUUUGAAAAUAGUUGAUAUU